UUAGACAGUACAUAAAUUGACGUCGUUCUUGAAGACUGGAAGAAAAGCAAAAGUGAGAGAAAGAAAAAGAAGACUUAAACCCUUAAAACCAGAAGAAGAAGAAGAAAACAAUGGCGGUCGGAAUUACAGUCGAAGAAGAAGUAAUAAUUAAACCUCUUACUGACAAGAGAGAAUAUCGAAGAAUCGUUCUCCCUAACUCUCUUGAAGUUCUUCUCAUUAGUGAUCCAGAAACUGAUAAGUGUGCUGCAUCUAUGUGCGUUGGUGUGGGUCAUUUUAGUGACCCUGAAGGUCUUGAAGGACUUGCCCACUUUCUAGAGCAUAUGCUGUUUUUUGCAAGUGAAAAAUAUCCAGUGGAGGACGGUUAUUCAAAGUACAUUUCUGAGCAUGGAGGCUCUCAGAAUGCUUAUACGUCAUCCGAGCAUACAAACUUCUAUUUCGAUGUCAAUGCAGACUCUUUCGAAGAAGCUCUCGAUAGGUUUGCUCAGUUCUUUAUUAAACCUUUGAUGUCUGCUGAUGCUACCAUGAGGGAAAUAAAAGCAGUUGAUUCUGAAAAUCAGAAGAAUUUAUUGUCAGAUGCUUGGAGGAUGUCUCAGCUUCAGCAGCAUCUAUAUGCAGAAGGUCACCCGUAUCAUAAAUUUGGUAUAGGGAAUUGGGAUACAUUAGAGGUUCGUCCAAAACAAAAAGGGCUGGAUACAAGAAAUGAGCUUAUUAAAUUCUACGAAGAACACUACUCUUCUAAUAUCAUGUGUUUGGUCAUUUAUGGAAAAAAGAAUCUUGAUGACCUUCAAAGUUUGGUGGAUCAGAAAUUCAAAGAAAUUCAAAAUACUGAUAAAAGUUGUUUCCAUUAUCCGGGUCACCCUUGUAAGGCUGAACAUCUUCAGAUUCUUGUAAAAGCUAUCCCCAUAAGGCAAGGUCACAAAUUAAAAAUUAUAUGGCCUAUCACUCCAACCAUCAUCCAUUUUAAAGAAGCACCGUGUACGUAUCUUGGUCACUUGAUUGGUCAUGAAGGAGAAGGAUCUUUGUUUUGCAUCUUGAAAACGCUAGGUUGGGCAACAUAUUUGUACGCUGGUGGAGAGAAUUGGAAUAACGAGUUUGCAUUUUUUAAAGUCACCAUUGAUCUUACUGACGCUGGCAAUGAGCACACAGAAGAUAUUGUUGGAUUGUUGUUCAAAUAUAUUAUCCUUUUGCGACAAUCUGGUGUUAAUAAAUGGAUUUUUGAUGAGCUUUCUGCCAUUUAUGAGACUGCAUUCCAUUACCAAGAUAAAACUCCUCCAAUCGAUUAUGUGGUAGAAGUUUCAUCAAGCAUGCAGCUAUAUCCUGCAAAAGACUGGCUAGUAGGUUCUUCAUUGCCUUCUAAGUUCAGCUCAGGCAUUAUACAGAUGAUACUUGAUGAGCUAACUCCUGAAAAUGUAAGGAUAUUUUGGGAAUCAAAGAAAUUUGAAGGACAAACAGACAUGGUUGAGCCUUGGUAUGGAACUGGCUAUUCCCUUGAGAAUAUUAAUAGUUCAGCAAUACAGCAAUGGAUUUCUGCAGCUCCAAACCAAAAUCUACAUCUUCCAGCACCUAAUGUGUUCAUCCCGACUGAUUUGUCGAUUAAAGAUUUUGCAGAAAAGGUUAAAUUUCCAGUUCUGUUAAGGAAGUCGUCUUAUUCCAGGUUAUGGUAUAAGCCUGAUACCAUGUUUUUCAUUCCCAAGGCUUAUGUUCAGAUGAAUUUCAAUUGUCCAUUUACAAGCCACUCCCCAGAAGCAGUGGUUCUUACUUAUUUGUUCACCCAAUUAUUAAUGGACUACUUGAACGAAUAUGCUUAUGAUGCUGAGGUUGCCGAUCUAUACUAUGUGAUAAGCAGCACUUAUACUGGGUUUCAGGUUAUUGUGACUGGUUAUAAUCACAAAAUGAGGAUCUUAGUUGACAAAAUAUUUGAGCAAAUACAGGAGUUCAAAGUAAAGCCAGAAAGAUUUUCUGUGAUCAAGGAAACCGCUUUAAAGGCGUACCAAAAUUUCAAGUUUGAGCAGCCAUAUGAACAAGCUACGUAUUACUGCUCAUUAAUUUUGACGGAUGCAUUAUGGCCUUGGACCGAACAGCUAGAAGUUCUUCCUCAUCUAGAAGCUCCUGAUCUUGCAAAAUUUUCAAAAGUGCUUCUCUCGAAAGCCUUUGUAGAGUGUUAUGCAGCAGGAAACAUUGAACCAAAGGAAGCAGAGGAAAUGGUCAUCCAUAUCGAAGGCACUUUUUUCAAGGGUCUCCAACCCAUAGCCAGACCUCUUUUCCCUUCCGAGCAUUUGACAAAUCGAAUCGUUAAGCUUGAAAGUGGAAUUAGUCACUUCUACCCUGCGGAAGUUUUAAACCCAAGUGAUGAGAAUUCUGCUUUGGUCCACUAUAUUCAGGUUCAUCAGGAUAGUACGAUAUUGAAUGUGAAACUUCAGCUUUUUGCUUUUAUUGCAAAGCAACCAGUUUUCCACCAGCUUCGCUCAGUUGAGCAACUUGGAUACGUAACAAUGCUUACACAGAGGAAUGAUUGUGGCAUCCAAGGCUUGCAAUUUAUUGUCCAAUCAACAGCAAAGGAUCCAGGAGAGAUCCAUUUGAGAGUCCAAUCAUUCCUUGAGGAGUUUGAGAAUAAACUUUAUGAGAUGCCUGCUGAUGAAUUCAUGAGUAAUGUAAAUGCCCUGAUUGAAAUGAAGCUUGAAAAGCACAAAAAUUUGCGUGAAGAAACUUCAUUCUAUUGGGGAGAGAUUUUUUAUGGCACCCUAAAAUUUGACAGGAGAGAUAAUCAGAUUGCAGCUUUAAAGAACCUCCGGCAGCAAGAACUAAUAGAUUUCUUCAAUGAAUACAUUAAAGUGGGCGCACCCUCAAAAAAGACACUAUCGGUACAAGUAUAUGGGGGAUUGCACUCAGCCAAAUAUGAAGCGUCUGUUAAAGAAAUAUCCUCCCAAUCUCAAUCUGUCUUAAUCGAGGAUAUUUUCAGCUUCAGGAGGUCACAGCCUCUGUACGGUUCUUUAAAGGGAGGCAGUGGACGUACAUAAAGGUCGAUGGUCUCAGCCUGCUGGUUUUGGGAAUGAUAGCACAAGCCAGAAAGUUACAUUUCUGGGGCAACAAUACUUUGUACUAUACUAUUACUAGUAUAUAUGUAGUUGUAGUCAAAACCCCCAUAUAUCAUGGGUUUAAUACUAUAAAACUCCACAAAUAUGGAUUUUUUAUGAAUUAUUCCAUAAUUUAGAAUAACUUUAAAAUAUAGGCUUCAAACGUUUUCGUAAUG